AUGGUGGGAGCAGGGCUCAUCCUGCUGCUCGUGUCCCUUCUCGCUCCACCGACACGGGGCCAGCAGAAGGGAGUGGAGGAAGAGCUGCUGUCCUCUUCUCCGCAAAGGAGCCAGAAGCCUGAUGCUGCCCUUCUCCCACAACCCAGCCUGGAGAAGCAGCCCUCCGGCCUGAAGCGCGGACUUCAUCCCAUUGACCUGAAGAGCCCAAAGGAUGCUCUGCCACUGGGAUUCUUCUCUCCAGUUGCUGAAGGGAGAGAGUUGGUGCCCAGAGGGCAGCCCUGGCAGGUGUCCCUCAAACUGGGCCAUUUCCAUUUCUGUGGUGGCAGCCUGGUCUGAGAAGACGUGCUUACUAGCAGUGCUCGCUGCAUGGUGAACCUGGAGCAGAAACUCCUGAAGAGCCUGGUGGUGACAGUGGGGGAGCAUCAUCUCCAGUGGGCAGACAGGCAGGAGCAGAGCAUCCCUGUCUCACGUGUCUUCAUCCACCCCGUGUUCAACCGGCUGCGCUACAUGGAUUGCAACGUGGCCCUGCUGUACCUGCAGCACCCAGCCCAGUACGCAGACAAGGUUCAGCCCACGUGCCUUGCUCACAGGGAUGAAGACUUCCAGGCUGGGACACUGUGUGUGGCUAGUGGCUGGGGCAAGGUGUCUGAGGUGGCUGGGGUGCUGGAUCCUGUCCUGCAGGAGGUGGAGCUGCCCCUCACGGACAGGCAGACCUGCAGUGCGCUGCUGAGGGGCAUGAACCUGCCACCGGUGUGGGGCUCCAUGCUGUGCACUGGCUUUCCUGAUGGCAGGGGGGAUGCAUGCAAGGGUGACUCUGGAGGCCCCCUUGCAUGUCUGAGGGCUGGUGGCACCUGGACUCUGGCCAGUGUGGUGUCCUGGGGGGUCAGUUGUGCCAGGGGAUGGGAUACCCUCAAGAGAAGCAUCACGGCCCGGGGCUCACCAGGCAUCUUCUCCCAGGUGGCUGCAUUCAUGGACUUCAUUGCCCAGCACAUGACACCGGCUGCUGUGCCAAGCCCUCUCUCUGUGCCAGUGGAGUGCAGUUCCCAAGGUGUCCAGUACUGUAGCGGCUGCAUUUGGUACCCCCAGGCUUUGGAGGAUAAUUACCCUGCCAACAGCCUGUGGACCUGGAAUAUAACAGUGCUGGAGGACAAAAUCAUCUUGAUACACUUCACCAAAUUAGAUGUAGAGUACGAAGUUGGAUGUGACCAUGACUAUGUGUCCCUCUAUUGGAAUGGAAAAGAGCUGGAUCACUCCUUGUCUCCCUCGGGUAAAGCCUGCGGGGAUGUGUUCCCAGCCCCUCUGCUGGCAGAGCUGGACCAGGCCACUGUUAUGUUUGUUUCUGAUGGGAGCAAUGCUGGCUGAAACUUUGAGCUCACCUUCAUGGCCCUCCAUAAGGACCUUGAAGCAGGCUCGGGCUGUGAAAGUGUCGCAAUGUUAGUGGAAGAGGGGAAGAUUGAUACUGCUAAUUAGCCUGGCUUGUAUCCCAGGAACACAAAGUGCCACUGGCUCAUUGAGGGUCCAGCAGAGUAUGUCGUAAAGCUGGAGUUUGAAGACUUUGCUGCGGAACUUAGCCUGGGCUGCAUUUAUGAUGCAGUUACUGUUCAUGGUGAUGAAGAAGAAGAAAACCAGUUGGCUAAUCUCCAUGAAUUAUCAGCUCCCAAACCAGUGCUGAGUUCAGGGAAUACCGUGCUGGUACAUUUUGAAAGUGAUGGGGAGAGCAGCUUCAGAGGGUUUAGAGCCUGGCUCACUUUUGUUCAUUCAGAGGAGGCAGGAAGAGAAGAUUCAGGAUUAACUACUGCACCAAUGUUGCCUCUGAAGGAUGUCCCCUUAAACACCUGUGGCCUUCCCCCCGUUACUCCCCAGUGGCUGUUCAAGCGUGUUAGUGGGGCCGAGGAGGCCUGUCCUCGCUGUUGGCCAUGGCACGCCGCCCUGAAGCUCCUUGGAGAGCACCAGUGCAAUGCGGCUGUCAUCAGCCCUACGUGGCUGCUGACAGCCACCCACUGUGUGCAGCUAUCCAAUAAACCCUUGCACUGGACUGUGACAGUAGAAGACCAUGACAGAGCCCUGAGAGAGUCAACAGAACAGGUGAGGCAGGUGGAAACCAUUGUGGUGCAUCCCCACUUUGACAUGCUGAGCUAUGACUCCAACAUUGUCCUGGUGCAGCUAGACAUACCUCUGGAGUACAACGCUGCGAGGCCAGUAUGUCUGCCCAACAGCACAGAGAUAUCAUCUUCCUCUUCGCUCUGUGCUAUGUCUGGAUGAGGGAUCAUCAAAGAAGAUGGGAGCCGAGCUAGGCAGUUGCAGCAGACAUAAGUGCCUGUACUUGAGAAUGAAAUCUGUGAGAGAAAUUACUACUUCAGUCACCCCGGAGGGAUCACAGCCAGGAUGCUUUGUGCUGGCGUUGUUUCUGUAGGAGGCUAGGACUCCUGUCAGAUAAGUCCUCUCUCUUUUGGUUCCUAGGGUGGUUCUGGUGGGCCCUUGGUUUGCAACAAGGAAAAUGGAGCAUUUGCUCUUUACGGCAUUGUCAGCUGGGGUGUUGGCUGUGCCAGCCCAAAGAAACCAGGGGUCUAUUCAAGGGUGAGGAUUUUCUUGUACUGGAUAAGACUGCUGAUGAAAGAAUGUGCGUCAGAAGUGGAGUUAGAAGAGCCCCGGGGGUUUAUCUCUGCUCCUUCCUUGUCAGGAUACGUGGGAAGCACAGAGUGCUCUUGGAUACUCCAACUGUCUCUGAAGGGCAUGGCAAAGAUUAUAGUAAAGCAUCUGUCAAUAUCAUCAUCACUGAACUGCCAAGAGGAGUUUCUUGAGAUUUAUGAAGAGAGCCAGAGAGGAAGAAAACUGCUAGCUGUGUUAUGCGGUACCAUGCAGUCUCCUGUGCUUCUCCAGAGGCCCGGACCUGUAGUGAAGACGGUGCUCUGCUCCAUUGGCCCUGCUGCUUUCAGCAUUGAAUACUUGAUGCUCAGGGUGCAAGGACAAAAUCGUGGCAAUGCCCUAAAAAAUCCCAAGGAGAUGAGCUCAGAGUUGUCAUGAUGCACAGAGGUCAUCCUUACAGAUCGGGAAGGAAUGAUGGAGUCACUGGGAUACCGCAUGAGAUAUGCAAAUUCCACCAGCUGCUACUGGAGAAUUGUAGCCCCAUUAAAAUCCAUUAUUCGGCUUGAAGUCCUGGACUUCUGGACUGAAAGAAAUCUGUCUAAUUGUCAUGGCCAACUGAUGGUGUAUGAAGGAUUUGGACUAACCAAAGAGUUAACAGGCAACUUCUGUGGUGACGCUUCUCCCUAUCCUAUAAAAUCCCGAGGUUCAGUGAUGACAGUGACCUUCCCUUCCAGGGCUGAGGCAGCCAUGAAAGGCUUUCUCUUGACUUACUCUACUCGGGAAACAUCAUCCAGUCUGGAACCUGGAAACAUGAAGGCUGCUGACAAAGAGUGCCCAGCCUUUGAUCUAAUUCUAGUUGGAAUCACUGAAGUAACAUCUCCCAAUUACCCUGGCAUUUACCCUCACAUGCUGAACUGCACUUGGACAACUUAUUCUACUUCAGGAAACAAGCUGAAGGCUGUGCUUAAAGUUUUUGUAACUGAGGAUGCAAGGGAUUGCAUCUGGGAUCAUUUGAGUAUUUAUGAUGGACGACAUAGCUCUUCAAGGCUUCUGGCAAACUUGUUUGGCCAAAAACCUUUUAGCAUGUUCUCCAACAGCAGCUUCCUGACCCUGCAUUUCAAAGCUGAUGAAUCUGUGGGAUACAGAGGCUUCAAAAUCCUUCUUGAAGAGUUGAUUCAGCAGCCAACACAAAGUGAGCUGGAAGGCAGCAGCCAAUACUCAUCCUCUGUAUUACCAGUUUCUGAGGAAAUAGCGGAUCCAUUCCCUGGGAUGGGGCCUGCAACAAGUACAGAAUCACUGGCGGACCCAUGUAGGAAGCCCAGGAUGGGUGAAAGUGGCUGGUCAUCCCUGGUGUCCUGCCCCUGCCAAAGCCUGCAGUAUGAGGAUCAACACUUCUGGGGAGGCUUUCUAAUUGAUGAAAAAUGGGUCCUGACAGCUGCACACCGCAACUUCAGAUGGGCAAUGUCCUUUCACCCCAUUCUGGGGAAAAAAUACUUGCUGCCAAAUGUGAAGGACGACAACCCCAUGCUUGUGAAAGCCGUGCACACGCGCUAUGGCUUUGAUGGGUUUCCUCUCAGAAGUGGCCUGGCACUCCUGGAGCUGCAGAAACCCGCUGGGCCAGGCAGUCCUGUGGCAACAACUUGCUUACCAGGCAGCGGGGAGGAAGCAAGCACUGCUGCAAGAUGCUUAACAGCAGGAUGGGGAGAGACAGGAGCUGGCACCGAAGAAGAACUGGCUGCCAGGCUCCAACAAGCAGAGAUCUCUUUCCUCUCCCACAACGCCUGUGCGAACUACUGAGGACAAAAUAUUGAAGAGACCAAUGUCUGUGGAAGUGCUGUAGAGGCAGCUUUUUGCAUGGGAGACUCUGGGUGGCCGCUGAUCUGUGUGAUUGAUGGGCAUUACACACUGUUUGGUAUUGCAAACUGGGACUGUGACAAGUGCCAUCCAGAGUCACCAACAGUGCCCAGGGUUUCUGCUUACAGACACUGGAUUUCAUCAGUCACAAAUGAAAAUGUUUGAUUAACUUGAACAGGAGCUUUUCAGUCUUUUGUGUAUUUUUCCUCAAUAAAAAGGUGGUGGUGUA